AUGCUGCAGGAAGCGGGUAAGGACACUUCUGAGGAGUCAAGUUCGACUGCUUCCUUAUCGUCCACUGACGGUGACGAUAGCCCUGAAGGGGAACAGGUUGCCCAGGAAUACAUCUCGAAGGAGGUGGAGAUUCGUGCAGAGGCAAAGGUUCUUGGCCAGCUACGGGCCUUGCAGGUCUACGAGAGGCAGGCAAUGUUGAAAGCAGUGGAGUUGGUCUAUGGGCCAUUACAAGAGGCAGAAGCCCCUUCUGCUGAGUAUCUUUCAGUCAAGGCAGAGGAGACAGAAACAAAUGAGCCACAGGCUUCGUCGUUGGACGAAGUAACCAGCAAGCGUGACUCACAAACGGCAGAGCUUCAGACUGGCUUGGAUUCAUCAGGACAUAUCAGGAUCACAAAGACCAAGGUGAAAUCGAAGCUUCCGGCGACCAUGGAAGAGUAUCGCAGAGUGAUGGCAGCCAGGAACGUGCAACCAAGCAUCUUUGUUCAUAGCACCCGUGUUCUCUAUUUGUUUGCUGGGAAGCGGCGGCAAUCGGAUGUCAGCACUUUCUUGAAAAAGCUGGAGGAAGCUGGAAAGAUUCGAUUGCAGUUGCAGGAAUUUGACAUCGAACGUUCUGAGACACAUGAUUUGCGAAGCAAAGAGCUGUGGGACCAGAUAUGUGAGACACUCAAGGUAUACCCUGAGAAAGUGAAGCAUAGAAAACUUGAUGACUCCGAGUUCAAUCCCAUUGCAAACAACUAUCAAUCAGCUCAGGUCUCAUCCACUGAGUUGGAAGCCAAGUUCAGAGAAGAGGAGGCAUUGGGGCGCAUGUACCCGACCAGGUUUUCUACGUUGAAGCAGGAGUUUGGUGAAGAGCGUAUCAGGAUUGCUGCCAUGGCUGCGAUUGCCAAGCCUGACGGCACCGUCAGGCCACUACAUGAUGGUACACAUUCAGUUCAAGUUAACAAUCGCAUUGUUUACAGAGAUCAGAUACAAUGCCCUGGACCUGCUGAAGUUGCAGCAGUGGUGAGGGAAUCUGUUGAAACCUUGGAAGCUCCCUUUUGUGUGUCGGCAGACAUUAAAGCGGCACACAGACUUGUGAAGGUGCGUCGUUGUGAUUGGCCAUACAUGUGUUGCAAAGCAAACACUGACUCACCUACAGUGUGGGUUAACAGGGUUGGAACUUUUGGCAUCUCAAGCGCGCCCUACUGGUGGGCGAAACUCUUGGCAAUGGUUGGACGAUUUGUAGGGCAUCUCAUGAUGAACGCUUGGUUUCUUCAUCUGGUUUAUGUUGACGACUUACACGGAUCAUUUGUCGGCAGGGAGAAAUUUUCGAACUUGUGGGUUUGGAUCUUGGCCUUUGAACUGGUUGGCACACCGUUUGCCUAUCACAAGUUUCGUGGCGGGUUCUCCUCUGAAUUUGUUGGAUACCAACUGAGAUAUGACCUCAAUGAGGUAGGGAUUUCUUUACGAAGGGGCGAUUGGCUUGUGAAAUGGAUCAACACCGCUGCGGAAAAGAGGUUUGUGGUUGUGACUCGUGAAUUCUCUGAAUUUCUUGGCCGGCUUGGAUUCGUCUCUCAGUUACUGGUGUGGCUGAAGCCGCAUUUAUCGCCAUUGUAUGCUUGGGCAUCAGCCACAUCCGGCAGCACAGUUGCGAAGCUUCCGGAUGCGGUGAUCUUGACAAUGACAUAUUUGCUGACUGAGUUCAGAUCUGAAACUUACAUGGUCUCAGCGAAGAGGCCGGCCACAUUCACAGGUGAGCAAUUCAGGACAGAUGCAAAGUGCACUGACACUUCAGUUGUCCUUGGUGGAUGGGAAAUAUCAACUGGUCGAUGGUUCCAGCUUAUUCUGUCGGAGUCCGACGUGCCAUAUUUAUUUUCACAUGGGAAGGGGUCACAGUGGGCCUCAACUUCGGCCGAAUUAUUGGCGACACUUGCAGCAUUAGUUGUGUUUGGAUGGUCGGGAGACGCUCGUUCUAGGAAGGAGCUUGAGUUACAUUUGACAGCAGGUACGGACAAUAGAGCAAAUGAAUAUUUAUCUCAGAAGCGGUCGACCACGAAGUGGCCGUUGAUGUUGGUGAACAUGCAACUUUCAUCACUUCUUGCACGAUCUAGGACGGUGGUCAAGCUGAAAUGGAGACCCCGUGAAGAGAACACGGUUGCAGAUGAUAUCACUAACUCUGUUUUCACACAACUGGACAUGGAGAAAAGGCUACAUGUUGAAUAUGAUGAUAUCCCGACGGAGAUCAUACAUGCACUUUGGCAGGUCAAGGCAGAUUUUGAUGAGGCACGUUUGUUGGCGAAAACAUCGAUUCCGAAGGAACCAGAAAAGAAGAGGAAGAGAGUCGAUAAGACACCUUGGUAA